UAAGGAUUGUUAUCUAGUUCCCUGCUUUGGGAACUCAUCUUGGGUUGGGUGGCUGACAGAAUUAGUUCGCGAUGUGCCACUGUACUCGCUAACGUGUCACGGUUUUCUAACUGACUUUAGACUGUUGCAGCCAGGAAUGGCGACUAGCACUUUUUCGACACUCACGGAAAUUGAUUAAUUACCCAAAAAUCGAAAACGUCUAACGUUUGAAUUUGCGUUGCACGAUAAGAAGUAAAUCUUAUCUUUAUGAGUUGCUGGCCAUAGUUAUUAAUGGUCCUAAUCACCUAUCGCAAAUAUACGGCAAAUUCUAGUGCAAAAUAGAUAUUUGUCCACUCCGUAACAAUUGCCAGUAUGCAUCGGUGAGCUAUGCAGUGUAAAGUUGUGAUAUCCUGUUGUCUGCAUUGGGUGUUGGUGAUGGCUUUGGUUGUCACAUCAGAUGAUACCUACGAUGACCCGUUCGAUUGGGAGCACUUUGAUAAGAUACCAUGCGGUGAGAUCUCUUGUAAUCAAUCUACACAAGAAUGCGUUGCCAACAGGACAUGUGAGUGUAGGCCAGAAUUUGAGUACAACGAAGAGGCCGGCCGUUGUUACCUAUGUCCCAGUGAGGGUCAUGCAUGUAUAUCAUGUUGUUUUGGUGGUACGGUAUGCUAUGCAGGUCGAUGUCAGCAUUGCUGGAAAGAUGCAAACGGUGAAUGCCUCACUCAAGAUUCCUUAUUUUAUUUAACGGCAGCUCAAGUGGCACUAGCCACUGUUAUGAUAAUUGGUGUUUCAGCAUUAGCUACGCUUUUGUACAAAACUAUACGAACGAGAGCCAGAAAUAACAACCAACGGAGACUUGCAAGUGAACUCAAUCGCCCUAGCUUGAGCCGGGUUUCUCUGUCUUCUAUUCAAAUACGGGUGCUGCGCAGGUUGCGCGAUCGUCCGCCAAAGUAUGAAACUCGUCACAAUUACGAAUUCCACCAAAGAGAAGAAAAUCAGUCAAGGCGAAACAAUCCGAGCCCUGCCAGUAUCCGUCCAACUUCACCAUCGGUGCGCUUACCGGGAGGUCCUCCACCGGCGUAUGACGGAGACGUAACUUCACUUGUCGAUUUCCCACCGCCAUACUCGGUUGAACCGAGCCAUCCGGAAUCGAGAAUUGCCAUAAUUGGCGAGGAACCAAAAAUCGAAACCACGGUCGUUUCACCAGGAGGAAACAAUGGACCAGGGAUUGAGAACAGAGCUUACGAAAAUACAGAAGACUGUGAACCGAAAGUUACUGAAAGGUUGGAUAUUAAUCUAAGCAAGAGUGAUGAGCACAAGACAAUACACAUUUAAGACUGUACAGACUGUUUUUGGACGCAAUGAUCACACAUUCUCAUCUAAUGUCUAACGACAUUUGCUUCAUAAAUUGCGGUCUCUCGAUGUCUUCUACUGUCAUUUAACUUAAAUAUAACGGAUCGAAUUGGAUAAAUUCAA